AUGGCCUGGUUUGGGCGAACUAAUAGUAAUGUGUCGAUCGAGGACAAAAUUAGCGAAGCGGCUUCGGAGUCCAUUCCCAACGGCGAGAUAGAUCUUGCCGGUGCGCUUGAAAUCAGUGACUUGAUCCGUUCAAAGCAAGUGACAUCCAAAGAUGCAAUGCGUGCUCUCAAGAGGCGCUUUAUGAGCACCAAGAACCCGAAUCUUCAAAAAUCCGCGCUGAAGCUUAUUGAUUUCUGCAUCAAAAACGGUGGAGAACACUUUCUGUCUGAUAUUUCAUCAAAGGAGUUCAUAGACCCAAUAGUUUCCACGCUUAAUGAUAAGAAUCUGAAUCAUACGGUGAAGGAAUAUUUGUUACAGUUGAUACAGUCGUGGUCGAUCAUGUUCAGCACCAACCCGAAACUGGGCUACGUCAAUCAAGUAUACAAUAAACUCCAGAAAGAGGGAUAUCAGUUUCCGAUGAUCACAGACGCUAUAGAGAGUACACUGAUAGAGUCCAAGGUUGCUCCGGAGUGGGAAGAUUCUGAUGCUUGUAUGUUGUGUUCCACGCUUUUUACCUUUUUGAACCGAAAGCAUCACUGUCGUUCGUGCGGCGGAGUCUUCUGCGGAACACAUUCUUCAAACACUUGUGAACUUCCAGAACUCGGAAUAACUAUACCAGUUCGAGUCUGUGAUACAUGCUACCAGGAGCACAAGGGCAAAUCAAAACAAUCUAAAAAGAGAACCAAGAAAGAUACGCCUGCCGGGGACGAAGACGAAGACCUGAAGCGCGCAAUUGAGCUCUCCUUGAAAGAGUCUGGUGUUCCGAUGGACGCCUCUGUUUUGCCUAAACCAGCGCCUCAAGCUGCUCCGGCAGAGGAAGAAGACGAGGAAAUGAAGGCUGCCAUUGCGGCCAGUCUUGCCGAUUUUCAGAAACAGGAGGCAGCAAAAUCUCCAUCCGUGUCACAGCCAGAAUUAGCACCUCAACCCAGUGGACUGUACUCCAACUUGCUUCCUGAGAGCCAGACCGGAAACUCUUUGUACACGCCAAGCUACAGCCCUGCGCCCACGGCUUCGCAACCACCGCCGCAAACCUUCUCUCCUCAGCCGGCAUCGCAGAUUGACUACAAUAGCAUCACUGGCACUGAAGAUCAGAACAUUGUCCUAUUCGCCCAGCUUGUGCAGAACCUGAAAACCGCUCCUGUGGAGAAGAAACUAAACAUCGCCAACGAUCAGGCCUUAAAGCAUUUGUUUGUUAGCAUAAACCAAAUCAAACCCAAGAUUGAGUUCCAGCUAAAGAAGGAAGUCGCAAAUAUGGAAAAAUAUCAGGACUUGUACUCGAAAACCUUUGCGGUCACCAAAAUCUACGAUGAAAUACUGCAGCUCAGACUUGCCCAAUCACAGCAAAUGUACCGGCAGUACCCUCAGCAGACAUACUAUGCACCUCCGCCUCCGCCAGCAGUGUCGCAAGAUGCUGUUCCUCAGGUUUCUGAUGCUGUCUCUCAGCAACACUCGGGGCCCUACAACGUCCAGUAUGCUCCGCUGCCGCGCUUGAACGCUGUUUCCCAGCAGCCUGUUCCGUCAUCUCCUUCCCAGUUUUACCCAGCAUCGCCUGCUGUGCCCGAUCAAAUAUCUCCCAUGGGCUCGUAUGCGGAGGUCCCGAAACAGGAGCCCGAGAAACCUAAAGUCCAGGAACCUGUCAAUCUCAUCGAUUUGUAA